CACACAUUCAGCAAGUUUAUCGUUAUAGCUGUCCUAUAUUUAGAACAGUAACUCUGUGUUUUCUUGUAUGUUUAAUGGGCAUCUGUAAAUUGUAGCUACAAAAAAUAAGAUAAGUUACGCUCACUAAAUAAGCUCUGCAUUAUUAUUGUCGCAGCCACAGUCUCCACUGUAAUUCAUCCCAAAGAUUAUCUGUUCUUUUUGGCCAGCCAAAUUCUUCCACAUCAAUCUCACUCAUCCGUGUCUUUAUGGACCUGGUGUGCAGUCAUGUUGGAAUAAUGACAAAUUGUUCAAAUAAAGAGGGGAGCGUGAAAUUGUCCAAAUUGUUUUGAUAUGCUUAAGCAUUCAGGUGCUUGACUUUAUAAACCCGUGGCCAUGGAAGCGAUUUGAGCACCUGAUUUAGAUUGAUGAGUGAAUAGUUUGGGCAGUAUAGUGCAGUUUCACUGUUCUUCAAUCGUGGCAUUUGUUUAGUCAGAUUGAAGAAGUUCAGAACAACAACCCGGGUGUGGUUUUUCUCACAUUUAGAAGCAUGUUUAAUUUAGUUCACACUCUUCUGAUGAAUCGGUCGUGAACUGUCAGUAGUAUUAACGCUUCUCAAUUCUUGGAAGUGAACCUACAUAUUUUAUUCAUAGCAGGUUGUCUGUGUUGUACAGGAUCAAAAGAGAAGUCUACAAUAAGCAGAGCUUCAUGAGUUCUCACUGCAGCGUUGGAGGCAUUGGUGUGUGCAGUCAGACAGCAGUGGCAGCAGCAGUUUUCUCCCUGUGGACCUUACCCAACAUACGCAGCAAUAGAACUUGAUGUGCUGUCUGUAGCUCGAGUUCAGUGUCUCGUUCUCUCACCGGAGCUCACUGUAGGUACUGAGGCUCGCUGCAGCUUUGUGUCCGUAAUGCCCCUCUGUGUCUAACUAUGAAAAAAUGCAAACAGUACAAUACAUUUCAAAGAAACCCCGUGAGACUUGGAUAUAGAUGCAGGAGCUGAAUACAAAACAAGAAGAUGACUCUCUGUACAUUAUAGCAGUGAGUGCAGAAAGUUUUCUGUUCUUCGCCAGAUUUCUAUUCUCAGAAAAGGCUUCUCAAGUCAUUCUUUGAUACGCCGACAGCAGCAACCACAGUCCAUUCAGGCUACAGCAGAGCAGCUGCUACACCUAAGAGGGUGUUGAUGAGCCAAAUGUCCCGCCCGUGCCAGAUGAUGCUGCUGGUGAACCCACAGAGUGGGAAAGGACAAGCACUCACGCUGUACAACAACCACAUCCAACGAAUGCUGAAUGAAGCCGGCAUUAAACACACUCUGGUUAUCACGGAGCGGCAGAAUCACGCUCGGGAGAUGGUGAAAGAGGCCGACCUGUCGCAGUGGGACGCUUUAGUCAUCAUGUCAGGAGACGGACUUCUGUAUGAGGUGAUAAAUGGUCUGCUAGAGAGGCCAGAUUGGGAGGAGGCCAUCCGGACACCGCUGGGUAUCCUUCCUGGUGGAUCAGGCAACGCCUUGGCUGCAUCCAUACAUCAUUACUCUGGAGCCUCUCCUGUGACCAGCGAGGAGCUCCUGGUCAGCUGUGGCUUCCUGCUCUGCAAAGGUCUGGUGUCCCACAUGGAUAUGGUCUCCGUCCAUCUCUGCUCCAGCCCCCGUCUCUUCUCCUUCCUGUCUCUGGCCUGGGGCUUUGUAGCGGACGUCGAUAUAGAGAGCGAGAAGUACCGUCACUUUGGCGCCGUCCGCUUCACCAUUGGCACGCUGGUGCGGCUGGCCUCUCUCCGUGUCUAUAAGGGCAGGCUGGCUUACCUGCCCGCCACCAAGGACCACAACAGCGAGGAGGCUUUGAGGAGUAACACAAUGCUCUGCAAGGAUCGGGUCCCCCCCGUGACACUACCUGCUGUCAGAGACUCCUCCUUCCACAACUCCUGCCACUCCAACAACUCCCUCAAAGUGAGGCGGGUGGAGAGCACGCCUUCCCGAAGCGCCACCAAAGCCCUCCCCGGCCCACACGAUUCCCUGCUGCCACCUCUGGAUCAGCCGCUGCCCGACGACUGGGUGGUGGUGCCGGAGGAAGACUUUGUCCUCAUGCUGGCCAUGUACCAAUCCCACCUGGCGGAGGAUCUCCUGGCGGCACCGGAGGCCACCCCGGACGACGGCGUCAUUCAUCUUUUUUACGUUAGAGCGGGGAUAUCGCCCACCGCGCUGCUGAGGCUGUUCCUAGCUAUGGAGAAGGGUGCACAUCUGACUACUAACUGCCAACAUCUGGUGUACACUAAGGUGCAGGCGCUCAGGCUGGAGCCGUACUCGCCCAAAGGAAUAAUUACAGUAGACGGAGAGGUGGUGGAGUACGGCCCAGUACAGGCCGAGGUGCACAGAGGCCUGUCGAGGUUAAUCACUGGAUGAGACUGAACAAUCUCGACUGCCCGCUUUCAUCUCUGCUCUGUGACGGCGUUUAACAAUAAAUGUGUUUCACCUGUCGCAUCAGGAGCUGUGCAGCUGCAGGAGCAAAGCAGCGGAUUCAAGCCUCCUGAUGUUAUUACAUUAAAAUGAGCGGAGUGUUCAGUAUUAGACAAAUAAUGAAACAAACUCCAAAUAAUGCCAUCAAUUACACUAAAAAUGACUUUUUUUCAAGCUUAGGUUGAUAUUUUAUUAUUAAACAUUCUUUUCACAAUAAGAGAUUUUAGUACAGAUAUUUUGACCUGUAAAUCAACACAAACGGAGUCUGUUCAAAGUUGAUGUAAUUGGCUCAUUUUAAGCUCCAUACUAGAGUAACAUCAGUGGCUCCACAGUGUAGUGGUUUACACGCCCCAGUUCUAAUUCCAGGAAGAGACACAAAUCUCUAAACAUGCGUAAAGCCCUGUGUGAAAUUUGGGAACAGCCAAAACUGACCUUUUUAUUAUUCACAGUUAGCUUCCCUUCCCUUAAAACUGCUCGACGACAUCAGAACGAGUCAAGAGUAGAGAAACAAAUGUCUCAAACUGAGUGUUCAGCUCAGUUUUUCCUCACUUCCUGAAGUCUGUGAAUAUGUUUCUUUAAUGGUUUUUGUUUUGUUUUACAACAUUUGAAAAAAGAGGAAAUAAACAUUAAUUUAGCAGCACAAACAAUUCAAAAAGAUCUGAUGUAACAGGCUGUUAUUGUGAAAAGAUUUCAUUUAAAAGUAUUAAGCAUCAUUAGGUUUUAAAUUCUGAUUAUUUAAUGUGACUGUUAAUUUAAUACUGAACACUCCGAAGCCAUGACUGUGUGAACUGACGGCAGUCCUGCCUCAUUUGAGCUAAAACACAAACACAUAAAGACCCACACGUUUCAUCAUCCAUUCAUCAAACGUUCAGCCUCCGGAGAACGAAAAUCCAUCACCAUCUUUUUCCCGGCGUCUCGUUUCAUCGCGGCUGCACGAGCAGCGACGUUUGUCUGCGUCGCAGCAAACACAUCAGCCAGAAUUACAGCAUCUUAUGCAACGACGGGGGAUUAGUUUUCUCUGGCCUUUACACUCCUCUGCAGUGCAGCGUGUUUGUGUCUGUUUGUGUGAGAGAGGCUGAAACUCGUAAAUGAAAGCCUUUAUGGACGUGACCUUCAGGAGGGAAGGUGCUCGUCUGUGUCACGGGCGACGCCAAGGCAGGAAAACGUCUGUUUCUUCAUGGUAUCUUAAAGUGAACCGCAGCUAAGCACAUUGUAUAAAUAAUCAUUAGAUAUAAGUAUUUAUAUGUAAUUUAUUUAUAUUUAUUUUAUCAUGUAUCAGAGCUUCGUGGGGCGCUCCUGCACCAGCGUUCCUGGUUUCUGAUCAGAGGACGUCACGUUGUUUCGCUCUCUGAAGAGUUUCUCAUUGUUGCCUUAAACUCGUUAACUUGAUCCUGUUUCUUAAAAGCACUAAAGGGUAUUUCACACAUUCAGUAGCGCCUCCCCAGUUCCCGAUUUUUAAACCAGCCACGUUAACUUGUCCAAGCAGAAUUGCGUCCAACAUAUCUUCAUCCAGCCUAGAGGCUGUGUGGGCCUCAGCAAGUGAAUCACACCAAAAUUUAAGUAGAAGUCCUACUGGAACGUUGGGAAAUUGAGUUUCAGCUGUGGAAGCUGCUGCCUGGCAUCAGUGGAUCCAGACUUGUCUGGGGGAGAGUUGUUCCCUGAUUGCCAAAUUUAAUAGAUCACAAAUACGAAUAUGUAUUCCAUCGUUUAAGUGAAUCAUGGGUUAGAGUUGGGGUCACUGAUGGCGACGGGUGAGAGUGAAUGUAAAGAAGCAAUCCACCUUAAAACACAGUAAACAAGCGGUCACACCCACAGAAAUCUCACACAGCUUUGGCACCGUUUUCACGUUCAUAUUUCCCUCGUGACUCAGACUUUCUUUUGGCACGAGAUUUUCAUAAAGCGGCAGGAAAACAUCAGAGGAGGAAAAUUCGUUAGAGGUUUUGUUGACAUAAACAGGGUGUGAAAUCUGCGAGGCGAUUGCUGCCCUUCCAUCUUCACUUGCGACAGUUUUCAGUUUAUGUGUCUGGUUUUUUUUGGUUUCGCAGGAUGAAACCGCUCCAGUGAAAAAUGUUCACAGGCACAUUUUGUGUGGAUGUGAAUUCUGAUUAAGCCAGAUUUGUUUUUACACUCACAACAAACAAAACUCCCUCAGCCGUGUCGUCGUGCUGCAUGCCGGACCUUAAAAGCUGCAGAGCUCUUUGCCCGUUUAGAAAAACCACUACACCUCCAGCAAGUGUUUAAGUGCUCACGGGUGGAGUUUCUCCCUCAAACAGCUGUGGCUCUGCUCCUCCUCACUUACGUGAUGCUUCUGUUUGUAUUUUUUUUCCUUGCCUCGCUCUCUGCCAUCCCGUCAUCCUCACCAUAGCACCCAUCAUCUUCUUCUGCUUUCAGCCAUCUAUUUGUUGCUUUUGGUGCCACUGCAGAGCAGUCACAGCGCACACACAGUGGCAGAUUUAUCAUCACCGAGGUGUCCUUAGCAUUGAGCUUUAAAUCACAGAAAAAUGACUGCAGAUUUCAAAAUGUUUGUGAACACUGAGGAGCCUUAAACGGGGGUUUUGGGUGGAGCUGGUUACACAGAGUGUGAGGGAGUGGACAUGGAGGAGGAGAAGGGGGAGAUAUUGACUUGUUAAAUGCUGCAUGAGGUGGGCGGUGUUGUGUUCCUUCCCCCUCACCCCGGGAAAUCAUUGGGGAACAUUAGUAGACUGUCCAGAUGCAGUGAGUCAGAGGAGGACGUGUUUCACUUCAAGCCGAGCAGUAAAAUGAGGGAGGGGAGAGGAGACGGUGAUCUUUAAGUCCACAUAAGAAGGAAAGUUGUGGAGCUUCGAUGUGCCUACAGAGUCGCAGUAAACAUGCUGAUGUUUCCAUGUUUUAUUCAACACGCCAACGACUGUUUGAAUCUGCAAAGGCUCAAUCGUUAGAGACCAAAAUUUGUUCCCUCUUCCGUGUUUUUUGCACAACGUACGCUUGUUGCCAACGCCACGUUAAAGCCUUCGUGGGACGUCGAGGUUGUGCUUCCAUAGUAUAAGUGAAUCACGGGCCCUAAUUUAAGUUUGCGCAAUCGUGCUGGAAACCUGCUCGGUCCAGCUGGGGGAUGAAGCAGGAUAAACCUGCUAUGAUGUUCAAUUAUCUGGAAAUUUGACUAAAUUUAGAAGAAAAAUAAACCUGCUCUUAAGCAGCAGCAGGUUUUCUGCUCUGAAAAAGCAAACAUUAUGUAACAUUUAAUUUUUUUUUCUAAUGCAGAGUCCAUUAGAGCACUUACAUCUUUUAUUUUUAAUUUUUUUUUUCAGUGCAGUCAAAUGUCCUGUGGUAGUUUCAUGUGCCUUGAUUGUGCUGCCCCCCGGUGGUUUGAGUGUGGCAGUGCAGUUAACUUGCUGCUUUUGGGUCAACUGAAGAAAUGCUCAUUUGUUUUUUUGGACACAUUUAGAGACACCGAUGAAAAUAUUUUAUUAUGAAAAUUAAAAAUAUGCGAGAAAUGGAUUAGCUCUGACACGUGCUGACAUCAAGUCUGCUGAAUAAUCUUAUUGACCGAUCUCUGAUCUGUGCGGGGGAAACCAUGGAUAUGGGCUCAAAUUGUGGUCAUAAAUAUUUUGUACUUAUAAAUCAGGAUUUGUAUGUGUAAAAAGAAUUUGUGUUUGUGUAAAAAAAGAUUUGUGUGUGGGCUUAGCUAAAAAAUACGUGUGAA